AUGUUAUCUGCCAUGCGAAUAAGCGUCUACCGUGACAAACGCCCUAAUAUCCGCGUCGUCUACAGGACAGACGGCCACCUCCUCAACCACAGGCGGAUGCACUUCCAAUUACGUGUAUCCACAACUACCGUCCAUGAACUUCUCUUUGCCGACGACUACGCCCUCAACACAGCCGCAGAAGGGGACGUGCAAAAGAGCAUGGAUCUCUUCGCUGCAGCCUGCGACAACUUUGGCCUGGUCAUUAAUACGGAGAAAACGGUGGUUAUGCACCAGCCGCCCAUCAACGCUGUCCACAAUUCACAUUCCAUCAACGUGGACGGCUCCCAACUGCAAACUGUGGACGCUUUCACCUAUCUGGUCAGCAUCCUCUCUCGAAACACCAUGAUCGAUGAUGAAGUGGCCCGCAGCAUUUUCAAAGCCAGCCAAAGAGCCGGUCGCCUGCAGAGCAUCGUCUGGAAUCGUUAUGGUUUCCAUCCCAGCAAUAAACUCAAGAUGCACAAAGCGGUUGUCCUGCCGACACUGCAUUAUGGAGGAGAGACCUGGACAGUGUACAAGAGGCAGGCGCAGGGACUCAAUCACUUCCAAGUCAGCUGUCUUCGACAGAUACUGAAGCUGAGGUGGCGGGACCGGAUCCUGAACACGGACGCACUGGAAAGGACAGGAAUCUU